AUGUAUUCCACAUGGAAGAGCAGCAUGAGGAGGGAGAAGCAGACCAAUGUGUCUGAGUUCUUCCUUCUGGGCCUCCCCAUCCCACCAGGGCAGCAGGACAUAUUCUUCACCCUAUUCUUGGGCAUGUACCUGACCACAGUGCUGGGGAACUUGCUCAUCAUCCUGCUCAUCAGGCUCGACUCUCGUCUCCACACCCCCAUGUACUUCUUCCUCAGUCACUUGGCCUUCACUGACAUCUCUUUCUCAUCUGUCACUGUCCCCAAAAUGUUGAUGGACAUUCACACUAAUCACAAGUCCAUCCUCUUCACAGGGUGCAUUUGUCAGAUGUAUUUUUUCAUAUUGUUUGGUUGUCUUGACAAUUUCCUUCUUGCAGUGAUGGCAUACGACAGGUAUGUGGCCAUCUGUCAGCCACUCCACUAUACCACCAUCAUGAGUCAGGAGCUGUGUAUCUCACUAGUAGCUGGGUCCUGGUUCCUCUGUUGUGCACAUGCCCUGUUGCACACCCUCCUCCUGGUCCAACUUUCAUUCUGUGCUGACAAUAUCAUUCCCCACUUCUUCUGUGAUCUCCCUACACUCCUGAAGAUGAGCUGCUCAAACAUCUCCCUCAAUGAGCUGGUCAUUUUCACUGAGGGAGGAAUGAUUAUCAUCCUGCCUUUGAGCAGUGUCUUGGGCUCUUAUAUCCGGAUAGGUACCACUGUUCUGAGGGUCCCCUCCACCAAGAGAUUCUGCAAAGCCUUUUCUACUUGUGGCUCCCAUCUCUUUGUUGUGUCUUUAUACUAUGGGACCAUUGCAGGUGUUUACUUUUUCUCCUCACCAUCCAUCUCCAAUGAUAAAGACAUAAUUGCUUCUGUGAUGUAUAUGGUAGUCACUCCAAUGCUGAACCCCUUUAUCUAUAGUCUGAGGAACAGAGAUAUGAAACAUGCCUUAGAAAUAUUAGUUAAUAGGAUUAAGGUUUUAACUCACAAUCACUAA